UUUCCAGCUGCGUGCCCGCCCCGCAUCGUCCUGCAGGCUCCCUCCCACCGCCGACUGCAGCCCCAGGCCCCGUCAUGGGGAAUGUGCCAUCCGCUGUGAAGCACUGCCUCAGCUACCAGCAGCUUCUCCGGAGCAUCUCUGGAUCGGGGAUUCAGUGGCAGGGGCGCUCGACUCGGCGCAGGAAUCGUCCCAGUUAUCUGGGCUCCCUGAAUAUGUUAAAAUAGUAGAAGUUGGACCUAGGGAUGGAUUGCAGAAUGAAAAGGUUAUUGUUCCUACAGAUAUAAAAAUUGAAUUUAUCAAUCGACUUUCCCAAACUGGCUUGUCUGUAAUAGAAGUAACCAGCUUUGUGUCCUCCAAAUGGGUACCACAGAUGGCUGAUCACACUGAAGUGAUGAAAGGCAUUAAUCAAUAUCCAGGAGUUCGAUAUCCUGUCCUUACUCCUAAUCUUCAGGGUUUUCACCGUGCUGUUGCUGCUGGAGCCACUGAGAUAUCAGUUUUUGGUGCUGCAUCUGAAUCCUUUAGCAAGAAGAAUAUUAACUGUUCCAUUGAAGAAAGUAUGGGAAAGUUUGAAGAGGUCGUUAAGUCUGCAAGGCAUAUGAAUAUUCCAGUACGAGGGUAUGUGUCUUGUGCCCUGGGCUGCCCGUACGAAGGAAGUAUUACACCACAAAAAGUCACAGAAGUGUCUAAGAGAUUGUAUGGCAUGGGUUGUUAUGAGGUUUCUCUGGGAGACACCAUUGGAGUGGGGACUCCAGGAAGCAUGAAGAGAAUGUUGGAAAGUGUAAUGAAAGAAAUCCCACCAGGUGCUCUUGCUGUUCACUGUCAUGACACUUACGGACAGGCCUUAGCAAAUAUCCUUACGGCCCUUCAGAUGGGAAUUAAUGUGGUGGACUCUGCAGUAUCCGGAUUAGGUGGCUGCCCUUACGCAAAAGGUGCUUCCGGGAAUGUAGCCACUGAGGAUUUGAUAUAUAUGCUUAAUGGCCUGGGGCUCAAUACAGGUGUGGAUCUCUACAAAGUAAUGGAAGCUGGUGAUUUUAUUUGCAAAGCCGUGCAUAAAAAUACAAACUCCAAAGUAGCACAAGCUUCCUUCAAUGCUUGACAUCGAUGGAUUCAUGACUUAAGAUCGAGAAGAUCCAUUCAGUUGCAGAGUCAUCUGAAAAUCAUUAGUGCCAACUCAUUUCGAAAUGUAAUGGACAAGGAUAGAAAAAGAACUACUUUUAAAAAAGAUAAUUACUGAAUAGACUAUGGAAUCAAUAGUAAGCAAUACCAGUCAUCAGGUAAAUCAUAAUUUGAGGAUAAGGAAUGAAACUAGUAGACAUCCUUUGAACUGGGGGAAAAAAGUUCUCCUCUUUUGCUCUGGUAGAGAUGACUUUUUAGUUUAGUAGAUGUGAAUAUUGACCUCAGAUUUCCCUAAGUGUCACAUACUAUGUUAAUACUUAAUCAUGCUAGCUUAGCACAGUGUACAUAUUGUCAGUAGUUUAUGAGCUCCCGCGUAGUGUGCAGAGUGUGUGGCCUUGAUAUUAUGUGUUAUGCCUCUGGAUCUCAACUUUCCAUUUGCCAAGUCAGUUAAGUUAUGGACAAAGAGCCAAAUCUCCAUCUGACCCUGCAUAAUUUUAGCAAUAGAACUUUUAUAUUUCAAGGAAGGCUAACAUCUGUUAACUAUUUCAGUGACUUUAUCUGGUUCCAAGAGACUGUGGUCAAUGGCAAGACGCCAUAUCCUGAAAACACACUAAAGCCGCCCAUGUUUGUUACAUGCAUCCACUUUACAAUACUUCACCUUUCAUCCGCUAUGGCAAAAUAACAGCAUAGUGUUACUAAACUAUUGAGAAAUCAUAAGAUGUGAUUUUUGUCUUGAUGUUUAAGUUGCAGUAAUGAGAACAGGUAGAUUCAGGUACCAUAAUUGACCUCCAUAAUGUUCAGUUGACUUCCAAAUUGUCCAUGGAAAUAUCACUGUGAUCCUAAGGAUAUUAAGGUGAUUUUAAAUUCAUGAAAUGUGCUGGUUUAUGUUAAUUCAGGGUACUUUGAAUAUAUUAGAUCAUUUUUGGUUCACCUCUUAAAAUGAUUAUUUUAAAGUUGAAAUGAGAGAAGUUUUGUCUUUUGUACUAAACAACAUUGCCAGAGAGCAAAAUUUAAUAUAUUAAAGAUUGAGAAGAGGGGAAACAGGGAACUGUGUUAAGAAAAACAUUACUGUAGCCUAUGCAAAUCAUAUGGGGAUGGUAUUAUUACAUGUGGAUCUGGAAUGUCAGUUCUAUUACUUAUAAAGACUUUUCCAAUAAUACUGGUGAUCUUAUCUUUGAAUAAAUUUUAAUAUAAAUUGAAAUUUGAA